GGUGCCGUCCAAUGACAAAGCCCAGGGGUGGGCGCGGGCCGCCAUCUUGUACCGGGCGGCAGGAUAUUCACCCGCGUCCUCCGCCCUCGGAGGGGGAGGGGCGGCGGCGAAGGCGAGAAAAGUCGCCAGAGACGCUCCGGGCGGGAGGCGCCAGCAGCGGCGGCCGCCGCCGCGGAGCCGGACGCGGACGAGGACGGUCGCGGCGGCGGCGGGACCCGGCGAGCGCGAGCGGCCUCUGAUGCGGCGCAACGUGAAGAGGCGGCGGCGCCGGCCCCCGGCGGCCUCGACCGCGGCCGCCCGGGGCGGCGGCUUUAGUGCGGGAGGAGGGGCCGGGCUGGGGGCACGGGAGGAGAAGGUUGUGUACUCGCGGUCGCAACUGUCGCUGGCCGACAGCACCAAGGCUCUGGGCGACGCCUUCAAGCUGUUCAUGCCCCGCAGCACGGAGUUCAUGAGCUCGGACGCGGAGCUCUGGAGCUUCCUCUGCAGCCUCAAGCACCAGUUCUCCCCGCACAUCCUGCGCAGCAAGGACGUCUAUGGCUACUCCUCCUGCCGGGCCCUGGUCCCCGACCCCCCGGUGUCGCCCACUGCCCGCGGCCAGACGCGCCGGCCGGCCCGGAGCGCGGCGGCCAGAAGGAGGCGCCGUGGAGUCCGCAUGGCCACCGCCCGCAGAAGGAAGCCGCCGCCUCCGCCGCCGCCAGCACCGGCGCACCCCGAGGAGAACUGCGCCGUCAAGCCCGCCGCCUCGGCGCCCUGUUUCGGGGGACGCACCCUGGAGGAGAUCUGGAGGGCGGCCACGCCGACGCUGACCACCUUCCCCACCAUCCGCGUCGGCGGCGACGUGUGGGGCGAGCGCAGCCUGGCGGCCGCGCGGCGCCGAGCGCACCAAGUCCUGCAAGUGAACCUGGAACCCGUGGUGAGGCUCCGCCGCUUCCCGGUGCCCCGAGCGUGAGACGCGCUCCCCGCCCCGCGACCCGGAGCUCCCGUCGGAGGGAUGGACAAGUGUCAGUCGAGUGUUUACAGAUCCGACCAGGACCGCCUCUCCCCGCCCCUACACCCCCCGCCCCCUACACACACCCGGUCC